CAGAGGGAAGAUGCUGCACAGAUGCAUCAAUUCAUAUUGCACGCAGCUUUGGAUAUUGUUCAGGAUCUUGCAUGGACCACCAGCGCGAUGUAUUUGAAAGCAAUUGACAGGUUCAAUGAUUUGGUGGUAUCAGUUUAUGUUACAGCAGGUCAUACAAGACUCAUGCUACUUCAUGACUCUCGCAAUGAUGAUGGAAUCAAAAGCUUUUUCCAGGAGGUUCAUGAGCUGUAUAUAAAGAUUCUUCUCAACCCCCUCUAUUUGCCUGGUUCCCGCAUUGCAUCUUCGCAUUUUGACACCAAAGUCCGUGCUCUUGCAAGAAAAUACCUUUAGUGGUGGUGGUCGUUUAUACUAGUCUGAGAGCUAUUGGGGUGAUGGAAUGAACUUAGAAAGUACCACCAUCCUUUUUCUUGUCUCGGCUAUUGAGUAUUUUAAAGGCUUCCCUCGAGUUUCAUUCAUGAUGGUAAAGAUUAGUGGCUGUGUGCAAUUUACUUAAUGUUGCAUCGGAUGCCUCAAUGGAUGCAUAAAACACAAGCAGCAACUAAAACGCGUUGAUUAUUUUUGUGACAAUGUGUUUCACUCAAAUUCUUAAUGUUGGCAGUUGAGACACGGUGAUUAAAUGAUGUAUUCUUUUUUCCUUUAAUAUAGAAUCUAAUCUUGCAUUUGUAUAUCU